GGGAAGGGCUGGAUGCUGUCCAGGAUGGGGUGCAAGAAGUCCAAGUUCCUACGGGAGGGAGGCAAGGCCUGGAAAACGGAGCCACACACCAACCCGCACAAUCCUGUGUAUGUGCCUGACCCCACUUCGCCCAGCAAGAUGGGGCCAAACACCAACAAUGGGAACCCCCCAGGCUUUGCGGAUGAUGAUUAUCAGGAAGCAGGCUCUGAGGACAUCAUCGUGGUUGCCCUGUAUGACUAUGAGGCCAUUCACCGUGAAGACCUCAGCUUCCAGAAGGGGGACCAGCUGGUGGUCCUGGAGGAGUGGUUCUUCAAGAAGGUCAGCCGGAAGGACGCAGAGCGACACCUACUAACUCCAGGCAACAUGCUUGGCUCCUUCAUGAUCAGAGAUAGCGAGACCACCAAAGGAAGCUACUCCUUGUCUGUGCGAGACUUUGACCCCCAGCAAGGAGACACAGUGAAGCAUUAUAAGAUCCGGACGCUGGACAGUGGGGGCUUCUACAUCUCCCCAAGGAGCACCUUCAGCACACUGCAGGAGCUUGUGGACCAUUACAAGAAGGGGAAAGAUGGACUGUGCCAGAAGCUGUCGGUGCCCUGCAAGACCCCCAAGCCACAAAAGCCAUGGGAGAAAGAUGCCUGGGAGAUCCCCCGGGAAUCCCUCAAGCUGGAGAAGAGGCUUGGAGCGGGGCAGUUUGGAGAAGUCUGGAUGGCCACCUAUAACAAGCAUACCAAGGUGGCAGUGAAGACGAUGAAGCCAGGGAGCAUGUCGGUGGAGGCCUUCCUGGCAGAGGCCAACUUGAUGAAAACCCUGCAGCAUGACAAGCUGGUGAAGCUGCACGCCGUGGUCACCCAGGAGCCCAUCUACAUAGUCACAGAGUUCAUGGCUAAAGGAAGCCUGCUGGACUUUUUGAAAAGUGACGAAGGAAGCAAACAGCCCUUGCCGAAGCUCAUUGACUUCUCUGCCCAGAUCGCAGAAGGCAUGGCCUUCAUCGAGCGCAGGAACUAUAUUCACCGAGACCUCCGAGCUGCCAAUAUCUUGGUCUCUGCAUCGCUGGUGUGUAAGAUCGCCGACUUUGGCCUGGCCCGGAUCAUUGAAGACAACGAGUACACGGCUCGGGAAGGGGCCAAGUUCCCCAUCAAGUGGACGGCUCCCGAAGCCAUCAACUUUGGCUCAUUCACCAUCAAGUCAGAUGUCUGGUCCUUUGGUAUUCUGCUGAUGGAGAUUGUCACCUUCGGCCGGAUCCCUUACCCAGGGAUGUCAAACCCAGAGGUGAUCCGGUCACUGGAGCAUGGCUAUCGGAUGCCUCGACCAGAGCACUGUCCAGUGGAGCUCUACAACAUCAUGACACGCUGCUGGAAGAACCGCCCGGAGGAACGGCCCACCUUUGAGUAUAUCCAGAGUGUGCUGGAUGACUUCUACACAGCCACGGAGAGCCAGUACCAACAGCAGCCUUGAUGGCAGGGCAGGGCGGGGCCUGAGCCAAGAUGGUGUCUAUGUGGUAGCUCCAGCAUGGCCUACAGUCCUUCACCCUUCCCUCUCCCCACUCACCCUUUGCUCCAGCCACAUCUUCCUCAUUUGUCAAGCGGGUGGGUUAGACUGGAUAAUCUCUUCUUGACUCUAGUAAUCUGCAAUCUCAAAAGAUCCCAAAGUGAUAUUUCUGUUGCUUGAUAUGGUUGAAUUCCAGUUACAACUGUAGUUUAGAUAUUAAAAUUUUUAAAUAAUGAAAAUAAGUAUUUAAAUAAAUGAUAAAGGCUUUACCAAAAA